AAACCCUACAUGAAACCCUAAAUGCUUGUUGAGCCUACCUCGUCAAAAGCUCCAGGCGAUGAGAAACACAGUACAAAUGUUUGAGGACGAAUGGCGCCUUCUCAGGACGGUGCGGCGAUUGCUGUCAGAUAUGUUAGUGCAUGGGGUGCAGCUUGGGGUGCACGGAAGGUCUAGCGUCCAUUCAUAGAGGAAAGAUGCCAACAUAUGCACUUGCGCCUAGCGAAGGCCCCUCAAAAUCAGGUGAGACUUCUGUUGCAGAUUCGGACUUCGCCAUGAUAUUCACGUCGAUAUCCAAGCCGAGAGAAGCUGGUUAGCAACCUCUUUGGGGAUGGGGAGCAAGGAGAUCAGUCGCCUCAAUAUUGAGGGCCUGGUGGCGCACCGACUGAAGUCUCGGCGGCUGGAGACAGCAAAAGACGUCCUGUGCAAAACCGAGCUGGACUUGGUGGAACUCCUAGACUUGCCAGCUGACGUGGUGGCAAAAGCUGUUGCAGCGAUCAGUCAAAAUGUGGCUCCAACCAGAAGAACGGUGCUUGAAAUGUACAUGGAUCAACAGCAGCCAGGUGACAUCCAAGGAGGCCAUCUUCACACCGAUCUUCCAAAGCUCCCUACCAAUCUCCCUAGCCUUGAUGACGCUCUGAGGGGCGGUGUCCCACUAGGCAGCAUCACAGAGCUGGUUGGGCCUGCAGGUGUUGGCAAGACCCAGUUGUGUUUGAUGCUUUCCAUAUUUGCAACGCUCCCCACUGACAUUGGUGGCCUGGACGGCAAAUGCGUGUACAUUGACACCGAGAAUAAGUUCAGCGCUAAAAGGCUCAUUGAGAUUGCAACCAUGCGUCUGCCCGACUCCUUUCCGGAUGAACAAGCCGUGCAGCAUCUGACUUCGAGGGUUCUCGUUUUGCGGCCCAACUCAGCAAUUGACCUGUUGACGAGGUUGCAAAAGCUGGAGGAAGCCAUGAUCCGAGAGAAGGCGAAACUCAUCGUCCUGGACUCGGUGGCAGCGUUGGUAAGAAGUGAGUACGGUCAUGACCAGCUCCAGCAAAGGCAGGAUCUCCUUGGCCGCCAAGCAGCCCUACUCAAGUACCUCGCCGAGACCUUCCGCAUCCCCGUUGUCGUAACGAACCAGGUCAUGGCCCAGAUGGGGGCACCAAGCCAGCAGCCGAACUACGGUUUUGUGGAGCAUGAGCGGAAGAAGCUACGGCCGAGCCCAGGCUACGAAGACUCCACUUACGACUCGUCGACAGUGACUGCCGCAUUGGGGACCAAGUGGGCGCACGCUGUCAACACCAGGCUCGUGCUCGAGCGUCACGCAGGUCAGCGAUACAUCCGGAUCGCGAAAUCCCCGAUGGCUCCCUCUUUGGCCUUUCCGUAUGCCAUUGCGGCCGGGGGUCUUUACUUGAGCAGCUCGGAGGUUCACGACGCCAGUGCCGGGGGCGGAACGAGCAUCUUGAAUGAAGGUAGUGUGACGCACUCAAAACCAGACGAUCGCUUCCUCAUGGACGUUGGCUAAGGCUUCAAUUGUCAUGCUUGAGCGCCAAAAUCUCCGCUUACUGAAGCCGCUUACGCAUAUGCAGCUGCAGUGCAAAUCAAGGCCGUAGAGCUAUAGCCAGACGUGCUCAGUAUGCUGCGUCAGAUCGAGCAUGGUGUGCAUUUUGAAAAACGUAUUUGCGAGCUGAUUGUUGGGCGACCACCCUGCGUAGAUAUAGGCUGAUCAGAGCGCCGUGUGCCAAUAACCAGACCCGAAGCGAUAUGGUCAAGUGCGUGCAUGCAACUGACUGCGCUUAGAUCGCGGUUUUAAGGGGCGGACUCGGCUGUGUACUUGUACUGAGCUUCAUAUACAAUUGCCGG